UACGUAUAUGCAUUUAAUAAUUCUUGAAAACGAACCGCUAAAAGUAGCAGGACAAAGUCAUUGCAUCAGGUUGUAUUGAUUGGAAGGUAACUCUGCAUUUCAUUCGCAUUCAUAACAGACCGUACACGUGGGCAAUGAGCUGGGAUCACAUGGAGGCGCCACUGCUCGUUGCGGAGGUGGGGGAAGACUACCGGCCGGCGAGGAGCUGGACGGAAGUGAAGCAUGUGGUGUGGACGGAGUCGUUGAAGAUGUGGAAGAUAGCGGCGCCUUUGGCGUUCAACAUUAUGUGUCAGUACGGGAUUAACUCCGUCACCAAUAUUUUCGCCGGUCACAUUGGCGAACUCGAGCUCUCUGCCGUCGCCCUCUCCCUCUCCGUCAUCGGCACCUUCUCUUUCGGCUUCAUGCUUGGGAUGGGGAGUGCGCUUGAGACACUAUGUGGACAAGCUUUUGGAGCUGGGCAAAUCGACAUGCUUGGUGUUUAUAUGCAAAGAUCAUGGAUUAUACUGUGGAUAUCAUGUAUAAUUCUCAUGCCAAUUUACAUCUUUGCCACUCCAAUCCUCAAAUUCCUUGGUGAAUCCCACACAAUAGCUGUUCCUGCUGGUGAAUUCUCUCUACUAACAGUGCCUCAACUAUUUUCACUGGCCAUAAAUUUUCCAACAUCAAAAUUUCUCCAAGCUCAGAGCAAGGUCAGUGCUAUUGCCUGGAUUGGGUUCAUUUUUCUGAUCAUCCACACAGGACUUCUCUGGCUAUUUAUAUACGUGUUUGGGUGGGGGAUAUCUGGUGCAGCCAUAGCUUUUGACUUGACAAGCUGGGGGAUUGCCAUAGCUCAGGUUGUGUAUGUUGUUGGUUGGUGUAAAGAUGGUUGGAAGGGAUUGUCAUGGUUGGCUUUCAAGGAGAUUUGGGCUUUUGUUAGGCUUUCUGUUGCUUCUGCCAUCAUGCUUUGCCUUGAGAUUUGGUAUAUGAUGAGUAUUAUUAUCCUCACUGCCAGGCUUGAUAAUGCUGUCAUCGCAGUUGAUUCCCUCUCUAUUUGCAUGAAUUUCAAUGGGUAUGAAGCUAUGUUGUUCAUUGGAAUAAAUGCUGCAGUGAGUGUUCGAGUCUCCAAUGAGCUCGGAAUGGGACGUCCUAGAGCAGCGAAAUACUGUGUAUAUGUGACAGUAAUGGAGUCUCUCCUCAUUGGCCUUUGUUGCAUGGUUGGGAUCAUCAUAGCCAGGGAUCAUUUUGCUGUAAUUUUCACAAACAGUGAAGAUCUACAGAAGGCUGUCUCUAAGCUAGCAUACUUUCUUGGGGUCACUAUGGUUCUCAACAGCAUACAGCCAGUAAUAUCAGGUGUAGCUGUUGGUGGAGGAUGGCAGGCAUUGGUGGCUUAUAUCAAUUUAGCUUGUUAUUACAUUUUUGGGCUCCCACUUGGGUACCUUCUGGGUUUCAAAGCAAACUUGGGUGUCAAGGGACUUUGGGGAGGAAUGAUAGCUGGGACAGCACUGCAAACCCUGCUUCUCCUGUUUGUUGUCUACAAAACCAAUUGGAAUAAGGAGGUGGAGCAAACAACAGAGCGCAUGAAGAAGUGGGGAGGCCAAGAAAAUCAGCAAUGACAAGAUUGCUGUUGAUGAUAAUAUAUGAAAUGAAAUUUUUUUUCAAGUGCUCUAAAAAUUUGUAGUUGAUUGAUAUUAAAAUGUAUUCCUCUUUUUACCAUUAGCUCAAAUAAACUUAUUAUUUUCAUAAAA